CAUGGAUCUCUUGGUCAAAAUUAUUUUAAAGAUAUGUACCUUUGCAGUACCUCUGACCCCACUUUGAGAACACCCGAAUAGGCUUUCGAGAGGUGUGGCAGGUGCACUCAGUAGCAACGCUGCACGCCCGACAUCGACGGAGCUCUCAAACAAACAGGUUGGCUUCCAGAAGGGUGGCAUCCAGCUUCUCAGUUCCCUGGGCAGGAGGAUGGUGCUGGCUGGCGUGCUGCUUUUCUCUGCCCUCGCCCUGUUCGGAUGUACCUUCACUCUAGGCAUGCGCUACAACAAAGACCAAGCACAGAGCCCGUGUCUGACCAAGGCCUGUUUCACGGUGGCCAGUAAGAUCGUAGAGGGCCUGGACCGCAGCGCUGACCCCUGCCAGGACUUCUACCAGUAUGCCUGCGGGGGUUGGGUCCGCAAGAACCCUCUCCCCGACGGACGCUCUGGUUGGAGCACCUUCAACAGCGUCAGGGACCAGAACCAGGCUGUCCUCAAACACCUGCUGGAGAACGUCACUUUCAACUCCAGCAGCGCGGCGGAGAGGAAGACGCAGUUCUACUAUCUGUCCUGUCUCAAUGAGCAGCACAUUGAGGAGCUGGGAGCCACGCCCCUUAUUGACCUCAUCACAAAGACAGGGGGCUGGAGCAUCACUGGGCCCUGGGAGAAGGACAACUUCAUGGAGGUGCUGAAGACCGUGUCGGGCCCCUACCGCGCCCAGCCCUUCUUCACAGUCAGAGUCCGUGUGGACCCCAAGAAUUCAAAUAGCAACGUCAUCCAGGUGGGCCAAUCAGGGUUGUUCCUCCCCCCGCGGGACUAUGACGGCAACACAGCCAAUGAAAAGGCGUAUCUGGAUUACAUGGUGGAGCUGGGCCUGCUGUUGGGAGGGGAUAAGAACUCCACGCAGAGCCAGAUGCAGCAGAUCCUGGACUUUGAGACAACGCUCGCCAACAUCACCAUAUCGCAGGACAAAUGCUGCGAGAAGAUCUACCACAAGAUCACCAUCGCCGAGCUGCAGCUGCUGGCUCCGGCGGUGGACUGGCUGGACUACCUGUCCUUGGUCCUGUCCCCUCUGGACCUGAAUGACACGGAGCCCGUGGUGCUCUAUGCCAAGGAGUUCCUGCAGCAGGUGUCUGACCUGAUCAACAAGACUGAUCGCAGCCUGCUCAACAACUACAUGAUCUGGAACCUGGUGCAGAAGGGAGCGUCCAGUCUGGACCAGCGCUUUGAGAGCGCCCAGGACAAGCUGCUAGAGAGCCUGUAUGGAACCAAGAAGCCCCGCACACCUCGAUGGCAGACCUGCAUUGGGAACACAGAUGACACGCUCGGCUUCGCCCUGGGAGCGCUCUUUGUAAAAGCGACGUUUGAUAAACACAGCAAAAAGAUUGUAGAGGGGAUGAUCAAUGAGAUCCGUACUGCGUUCAAAGAUGCUCUGGAUCACAUCAAGUGGAUGGACAAACAGACACGGAUGGCAGCCAAAGACAAGGCGGACACCAUCUACAACAUGAUUGGAUUCCCUGACUUUAUCCUGGACCCCAAAGAACUGGAUGAUGUUUACGACGGGUAUGACGUCUCAGAAGACAACUUUUUCCAGAACACGCUCAACUUCUAUAACUUCUCUGCCAGGGUGAUGGCCGAUCAUCUCCGCAAGCCACCCAGCAGUGACCAAUGGAGUAUGACCCCUCUCACAGUCAACGCCUACUACAUGCCCAACAAGAAUAGAAUUGUCUUCCCAGCUGGAAUCCUUCAGGCACCCUUUUACGCCCAGCAUCACCCCAAAGCACUGAACUUCGGGGGGAUCGGAGUGGUGAUGGGACACGAACUCAUUCAUGCCUUUGGUGUCCAGGGCAGGGAAUACGACAAAGAUGGGAACCUUCGGCCAUGGUGGCAAAAUUCCUCUGUGGACGCAUUUAAGAAUCGCACGGAAUGCAUGGUAGAGCAGUACAAUGGGACGCAUAUAAAUGGCAAGCAGACGCUGGAAGAGAACAUUGCUGACAACGGCGGCCUAAAGGCAGCCUAUAAUGCGUACCAGUCAUGGGUGCAGGAGAAUGGUGAGGAGAAGAGGCUGCCGGCGGUCAACCUGACCAAUGACCAACUGUUCUUUGUGGGAUUCGCCCAGGUGUGGUGUUCCGUGCGAACCCCAGAGAGUGCCCACCAGGGACUCAUGACAGACCUCCACAGCCCCCCAAAGUACCGCGUCAUCGGCACCCUCUCCAACUCGCCAGCCUUUGCAGAGCACUUCCAGUGCCCCACUGGCUCCCCGAUGAACACUGGUCACCGCUGUACAGUGUGGUAGGGCCUGGCAAAACCACAGGGGGACGCUGUCUGUGGAGUCUGCAUGGAGAACCAAGAGGAGGAGUUGAUCUCUGCAUUGGACCUUUUUUUCAAUUUUUAUUCUUUGUACAUAAUGAUGGACUACUAGUGGUGAGUAGAGCAGCACAGACUCCAGGUUAGCGAGAGGGAGGCGUGUUGAGAGAAAAGUUGUCGUCUGCUGAUGCAUGUGUAAUUCCAGUGUUAGGGGAUGGAAUUUUUCCUCCUUUUCCAGGUCCCAGUCUCCCACACCGGUGGUGCACAAAGACACGUUUUAUUUAGUGUUUGCUGGACUUGGUAGGGGGCCGGGGAGGAGGAGCCAUUAGGGGAUGUCUGUCCACACCCCUUUCUCUAUGCUUCCGGGUCAUAGCUGUCCUCACUGUGUGCCCUGUUUACAAUUGAAACCGGAGCCCUCUCUUAACUGAGGGAUCUCCCUGAAACCACUAUGACCUCACAGGAAGUGGUCAUCACCCUCUGACCUCGCAGGAAGUGCAGGAACUUCACUCUGACAUCCCAUGAUGGAGGUUCAGGUGCCUUUGUGACCUCACAGGAAAUGCAGAGCCGUCGCUGUGUUUGGACAUUGCACAUGGUUUCAUCUCGAUUGACAUCUAUAUUCCCUAUAUAGUAUACACAAAUGUACUAUUAGGGCCGGGAUGACACCAGUAUUUCAAUACUCGUUAAUAUUGACAUCUAUAUUCCCUAUAUAGUAUACACAAAUGUACUAUUAGGGCCGGGAUGACACCAGUAUUUCAAUACUCGUUAAUAUUGUGGCAAGGAAACAAAACACAAAGCGGAUUUAACUUCUUUAGGGAAACAGCCCUGAUGGAAACAAACAUUAUGUUAUCCAGAGUGAAAUGUUUUUAUUUUCCAAGCUAUAGCGCACAAUAUUUUACAUACAGAUUGGUUUUAAAGGACCAAAGAGUUGGGUCUGUUUUGUGUUUUCAUUUUUGCCAGUAUCGUCCCGGCCCUAUGCAGUAUAUGUGUGGCUCUGGUAAAUAUUAGUUCCCUAUAUGGGGUGUAAUUUGAGAUGGAGCCAUAUAGACUCGCUUCUCCUUUUUCUGUUGCAUCACAAAGUGCACUGGCUUCAGUGACAUCACAAUGGAUCCCCCAGCAGUGGUGGGGGAUCCUAAUACUUUAAAAUGGCCUCCCCUCCUAUUUACCAUGUUCUACUACUGGACAGAUGAAAGCACUAUGAAGCCUACUGAUAACCCUUCAGUGACAUCACAAUGGAUCCCCCAGCAGUGGUGGGGGAUCCUAAUACUUUAAAAUGGCCUCCCCUCCUAUUUACCAUGUUCUACUACUGGACAGAUGAAAGCACUAUGAAGCCUACUGAUAACCCUUCAGUGACAUCACAAUGGAUCCCCCAGCAGUGGUGGGGGAUCCUAAUACUUUAAAAUGGCCUCCCCUCCUAUUUACCAUGUUCUACUACUGGACAGAUGAAAGCACUAUGAAGCCUACUGAUAACCCUUCAGUGACAUCACAAUGGAUCCCCCAGCAGUGGUGGGGGAUCCUAAUACUUUAAAAUGGCCUCCCCUCCUAUUUACCAUGUUCUACUACUGGACAGAUGAAAGCACUAUGAAGCCUACUGAUAACCCUUCAGUGACAUCACAAUGGAUCCCCCAGCAGUGGUGGGGGAUCCUAAUACUUUAAAAUGGCCUCCCCUCCUAUUUACCAUGUUCUACUACUGGACAGAUGAAAGCACUAUGAAGCCUACUGAUAACCCUUGCCAACAUACUGCUUUUAGUUAUCCCAUUUCUUAAAGAUUGUUGGCGAGCAUUUUGAGUACAUAGGAAAGGGUACUUAGAAAAGCCACUUAACAGUGUUGACCCAACCAGGAGCAGGGUGCCAAUGCCCCUAGACGCCGAUCUUGGUUCAGUUUUGUAUUUUCAGCACUAAUGGUUAAGGUUAGGAUUGGGGGAGGGUUUGCUGAUCGUAUAUUUGUACUUAAGGGAAACUUCAUCCAGGAGCAUGCAACCACAAGAUCGGCAGAGCUCCCUCUGGGACCUAUAGUGUGCUGGACAAUCUGGGACUCUGAUUGUAGGGACCAUCACCACUUUAUCCAGGAGCAUGCAACCACAAGAUCGGCAGAGCUCCCUGUGGGACCUAUAGUGUGCUGGACAAUCUGGGACUCUGGUUGUAGGGACCAUCACCACUUGCUUAUCUGUGUGUUAUUGUUGUUAUUGGCAUAUUCUGAAGUUGACAAAGUUGAAAUGAGAUGCACAUCUUUAAAUCUGCCUUUUG